AUGGCUGUGAUAGAUUUGCAAAAUCUUACUGCAAAAGAAACAGACUCUCUGAACCCUUCCGAUAGCCGAAAGAGAAGGAAACCGAGGCGAUUCAGAGCAGAGCGGAGUGCCGACACACGCUAUUCUCGAAAGAAACUGCAAAUAGUCAUCUGUCUACUGUUGGUAGAGCUGUGUGAACGCUUCACUUUCUUUGGCAUUGUCUGCAACAUGAUUUUCUUCUGCACUCUCAAGCUGGGCUACGAGAAUCACCAGGCAGCCAUCGUCAACUUGUGUUUUGUUGGAGCCAGUAUGCUGACUCCAGUGUUUGUUGGAUGGUUUGCAGAAUACUGCAUGGCUAGAACCAAAGUAGUCUACAUCUGUGCAUUCCUUCAUUUCCUAGGCACUGCGAUGUUACCCGUUGUUGCAUUCCCGUUUGAGGAUUUUUACAUUGAUACUCAUCACACUAUUCACACUCUGGCUAAAAGGGAACAGACAUUACUGUUUUAUAUUGGUCUGUUAUCAGCAUCAUUGGGUUCAGGAGGAAUCCGAGCCAUUGUCUGCCCUCUCAGUGCUUACAAAUUACAGGACUAUGGCCAGAGAGACGUCCUAACUUUCUUCAACUGGUUUUAUUGGCUGAUGAACCUGAACUGUGCAGUGGUGUUUGUGGGUAUCGCCUACAUUCAACAGUCUGUAGCCAAAAACCUUGGCUUUCUUAUUCCUUUCACAUCAGUCCUGAUCACCCUCAUCACUGUUCACAUGGUACAGAACAGACUUAUCUACCGGCCCAAGAAAGGUGGCUCCUUGAUGGGAACAUUUGGGGUUUUUAUUAAUGCCUUGAAGAUGUGCUGCAUCAGGUACCGUCACAUUAGUGGAGACGUGAGCAGCUGGCUGGACCGGGCGAAAGAAAACCAUGGCGGUUGGUACAGUGAGGCUCACGUGGAAAAUGUCAAACGCCUUGUCAGAUUAUUCCCGCUGUUUGCCUUUCAGAUUUUAUACAGGACCUGCAUAUUUCAGGUUCCUUCGGCGUAUUUCAUACAAACAAUGCACUCCAACCUGAAACUGAGUGGCUUACUGCUCCCGAUAGCAGCAAUGAAUGUAACGGGCAUUAUUCCUCUGCUGUUACUUGCGCCUUUCCUGGAAUAUGUUGGAUCUUGUCUGCUUUCAAUGCAUAGACGUCCAUUGUCCCCAUUGGUACAGAUAGUUAUUGGUCACCUGUUUGCUGCACUGUCGGUCGUGGUCGCUGGGAUAUCAGAGAUGCACAGGAGAAGAUUUGUGCUGGUAGAACAGUCGCUUUCGGGGAAAGUUCUGCUCGUGUCUUCAAUGCCCUGCUUUCAACUCGCUCCUCAGUAUGUUUUGCUUGGAAUGGCUGAGGCACUGGUCACACCCGCCUGUUCACUGGUCACAUUUAGACUCUCCCCUGCGAGUGUUCGAGGCAUUUCAAUGCAUUUCAUGACUCUGUUUAAUGGUGUCGGCUGUUUUGUGGGUGCGGUUAUCAUUCAGAUGGUAUACUUAAUAUCUGGAGGUGAUUGGUUUCCUAAUGAUCUGAAUGCUGGACAUUUGGAUAGAUUCUUCUUCCUUGUGGCUUCCUUCAUGCUUUUAAAUCUUCUGGGACUCUGGCGAGUUUCGGACAGAUACAGAGACCUAAAUCGAGAAGAUGAUGACCAGUGUAUUAAAGGGGGGUUUCUGGCGGACAAAUUGAUGGAACAUGAAAAGUCAUUGAAGUUCUACGACAGUGUUUUGGAAUGUUCCUCGACUUACUUCCCAGUGGAGUCAAUUCUCUGAGAACAGAUCCAAAGGGGUAAUGCUGGCAUUACCUGUGUCAACCAGGCAAUCUGAUUUUUUCUGAAUUCAUAUUACCAUCAACAUACCGAAGAACGAAUGCUCUAUUUUUCAUACAGCUGAAGCUGUCAGGCCUCUUAUUAUCAUGAAUCACCUUUUUUUUUUCUUAGGUACCAGUUCUAUUAAAUACAAUAUUGUCACUUUUUUUUGUUAAGUUCUGUGAAUAAGGAAACAAAGGUGUUUCUGUCUACCUCUGAACGAGAAAUGCAAUCAAAAGCUCCACAGAAUUGCAGUAGCUGUCACUGCAAAAGCUGAGAAUCUUACUUUAAAGUGAUAUUCUCUGAAGAAAAUGGCAUCUUACUUUCCAUUUAUCAUCAUGUUUAUGGCUGGAAAAAAACCCAACAUGAACUUAUAGCAUAAUAUUACAAGCGGAGCCAAGUUAAAUAUUUAGGUGAGUAA